AUGGAGGGAUAUCCGUUCACGUGGACAAAGAGUCGAGGAACACUGCAUAUGAUAGAGGAACUUUUGGACAGAUCACUAGCUAAAUCAGAUUGGUUACAGUUGUUCCCUUCAACCAAUUUAUUCAAUCUUAUUGCUUCCCAUUCUGACCACAACCCGAUUUUUCUUUGCUCCAAUCCUGUGCAACAUCGGCAGAAGCGGAGGUCCUUUAAGUUCGAAAAUUGGUGGCUGGUGGAGGAAGGAGUGUCAGAGGUUGUUGAUGAGGGUUGGUUGGCUGCUGAUACCCACUCGGUUGUUGAGAAGCUUACGGGUUGUGCCGCUGAGCUGCAGCGCUGA